AUGCAUGGCCAGGUCGCCCAGAACUACAUGGAUGCGUGGGCGCUGGAUGCCGUCCCCACCACCCCUGAAGUUGGUGGCCCGUCCAACUGGGACUCGCUGGCCAGUGACCACUCACACAGCCUUUCAAGGACUCUCACUGACUCUCUGCCUUCCCAGUCUGUGGUUCCGCAGGGACGAAAUGACACGGCCUCUGCUGCUUGCUUAAUUUUAAAACAACUACCAACCCCAUUUCACUCAUAG